AUGGAUCCUCUGUCCAUCGCGACCUCGGUGGUCGGGUUAACGGCGACAUGCCUCACAACCUGCAAAAAGCUGUCCGACCUUGCUGGCAAUUAUGAAGACGUGCCUGUAGUCAUCGCCAUGAUCUGUUCCGAGUCGACGCUUAUCAGUAUCGCCUUGUCUGAACUACAGAUGAAGAUUCUCCGGCGGGACGACCUCUCACAGGCCUGGGCUUCGCGAACUGACGUGCUGAUGGCCUUUGAGACCGCUCUCACUGGAUGCAUGGUCGUCUUUAGCUGCCUUGAGGCUGAGACCAGACAACUUCAAUCACAGAAUUCGUCUAACAUGGGAGUAUGGGCCAAGAUUAGAUUCAUGUGGAAUCAGGACCGGUUGAAAGACCUCUUGAAUGCCCUCAGAGGGCAACAGACCUCAAUAGGCUUUCUGCUAAAGAUUCUCGAGACGGACACUCUAUCAGAUAUCCAGCGAAGUCUUCGCGACAAUAGGUCCAGGAUCCAGGCCAGUGCAUCGCAAGCCCAAUCGCUCCGAUCGAGAAACCCGAGCAUCAAGAUGGGGUGCGAGUCUAUCUUUGACAACGACACUGCCAAGCUUAGUCUUUUUGACGUCGAAGCCGUCUCAGCUGUCGCUCCCUCAGAGCUCGAUUUCGAGUUCGACGACUUGGUCCUGAAUAGCCAAGCGUAUCGACGGGCCUUUGCCAGAGCACAGGCAGAUAGCGAACAACCACAGAUACACGUCGUAGAAGGCGACCUCAUUGACUUCUCAGAAACUCAAUCCUCCUUUGACAACUCUGACGCGGCAACAAUCCGAGAGCUCAACCAAGACCUCCAAGGCUUGAACAUCGGCGCAGAUUCUGAGACCCAGGCGCUCUUGAUGGGAUCUAUCGGAGAGACGACUCUACAGCAACCACAACCACGAAUACAAAUACGGAGAAAACCAUUGGACGAACAAGAAAAAGGCUUAAACCGAAGAGAAAUAGAACGCCCAAAGAACCCAGGCGUACUAUCCUCUCAAAAGCCAUCCCAAGAGAAGCUCCGCGCCGGAUUGAAAUGCGACAAAUGUUCUGAGCCUGUCACCGCACGAUUUGUGAGAGCUCUGGGCGGAGUGUGGCAUGUCGACUGCUUCACAUGUGUUGAUUGCCAUCAAACUGUCGCCUCACGCUUCUUUCCGCACGAUGACAACGGAACUCAGAAGCCCCUAUGUGAGAGAGACUACUUCCGGAGACUCGGCUUGUUGUGCUUCAAGUGCGACCAGGCUUUGAGAGGAACCUACAUCACAGCCUUGGAUCGGGGUUACCACCUGGAACACUUUUCAUGCGACGCCUGCGAUGUCGUCUUCAAGGCAAACGAAAGCUACUAUGAACACGGGGACAAGAUCUUCUGCAUGUUGGACUACGUGAAGCUUUACGCACAGCGAUGCGACAGCUGCAAGUUUCCAAUCUUGAAGCAGUUUGUGGAGGCUCCGGGGAGCUCUGAGGACGGCAAAUUACUCGCGUGGCAUCCCGAGUGCUACGUCAUCAUGAGAGAAUUGAGUAUUGUCCUUCCACCAUCAAGCCGAAACCGCGAGUAUCUCGCUUUGUUGGAUAAGGGAGGAGAAAGAAAGGGUCGCGACAGGGCCGUUUCCAAAGUAUCUGACAGACAGGAGCAGCAUGAGGCUUUCCUCGCGAACUUACACGCUGCUACUUUGAAGUUCCUCGAUGUCUUCCGAGAGACAACUACAACUGCCUUGGCGAGCAAGGAGAACCAAAGCGUGGCCUUUGAGCGCUGGAUGAUUCUCAUCGCCUUGACAAACCUCCUUUUCCAAGUCGUUGCCGAAGUAACAGAUGAAAUGCCUAACGACAAACAGCUGAAGACUUUCGGCACUGCCUUUAACAAGUAUGCCGAAGCUUUUAUUUCAGGCGCCAGCCCUUCGCCUGAUUCACUUUGUGAAGCCCUCGCCGUGUCAGUGAGGUCGGUUCUAAGGGUCGGGCUUGUAUCUGUACUCGCCAGCGAGGACACCAGAAAAGUCGACAAAUUCAUGGCAAAGUUGUCAGCUACCGCACCUCCAGAGCUCCGUCUCCCCUACCAAACCCAGCCGCCUAAAGGAAGUAGUCAGGGUAUCUUGUGCGAAGGCUGCCAUGACUUUGUCAAGAAAGAAGCAUACACUGAAGCUUCAAUGCCGGGCCUACGUUGGCAUCUUGGCUGCUUUGCGUGUGUCGCGUGCAAGCGCUCUGGAACCAUCACGCCGAAACCGAGCCAGACCACGGACGGGCACUUUGAGUGUGCGUCACCUGAGUGUGGGUGGGGUGGCAUCGUCACUUUUGUUCCGAGUUACGCCCAAACAGUCCAUCUCAUGUGGCGGGCUUGGGACGUAGUUGUACAGGGUGGUGUGAAGGGUCCCAUAAGAAAGAGGAUAUUUGAUUCGGACUUGAGUAUGUAA